UUAAUAUCAUAAUGCUGCCCUCAACCUGUAAACAAAAUCAAAACAAGGUUGACACGAAACGAAUUUUGAUCUUUUGUUUGGCCAAAUAAUCACCCUUUUGUGAAAAUGCACCUACCUAGAUCGCACGAUUAAAUUAAUUUACUUAACUGGAAUUUGCAGAAAAGAUGAGUUUCUUGCAAGUACUAAGAAAAACCUCUGGUAUAGUGUUAAGGAAGUCUCUGACUAACUAUGCUCCAACUACAGUGACUGUUCAUCAACGGCGACAGAAGAGUACUCACACGCUUGCAAAAGAGGUUUCAGAUUCCGUGGUUGAAGCUUUGACAUCAGUAGUUGGUGCAAAGAAUGUGAGUACUGCGUUACCAGUCCGAGAACAACAUGGACGUGACGAAUCCCAUCACAUAUGUACGCCACCGGAUGCGGUUGUCUGGCCGCAGUCUACCGAGCAAGUCAGCCAGGUAGCAAGGAUUUGUUAUGACAACAGCAUUCCCAUGAUUCCCUUUGGUACAGGAACCGGACUAGAAGGAGGAGCUGUGGGCUACAAGGGUGGUGUGACAAUAAAUUUGACGAAGAUGGACGAAAUCGUAGAGCUGAAUGCGGAGGAUUUUGACGUGACAGUGCAACCCGGUGUGACUCGAGAAACCCUCAAUAACUACAUAAAAGAUCAAGGCCUUUGGUUCCCAAUUGAUCCUGGUGCCCAUGCGUCCGUAUGUGGGAUGUGCGCAACAAGUGCCUCUGGGACUAAUGCAGUCCGGUACGGUACAAUGAGAGAGAAUGUCAUGAACCUUGAGGUGGUUUUAGCAGAUGGUACCAUUCUACACACCUCUGGACCGGGAAAAAGAUCCAGAAAGACGUCAGCAGGGUACAAUCUCACCAAUCUGUUUGUCGGCUCUGAAGGAACUCUUGGAAUUAUCACCAAGGCAACAGUUCGUCUCUACGGAAUUCCAGAAAGUAUGAUGUCUGCAGUGUGUUCAUUUGAAACUGUCCAUUCAGCAGUGGAUACAGUCACGCAGGUGAUGCAGUGUGGCAUACCCAUGGCUAGGAUUGAAUUUCUGGAUGAUGUCAUGAUUGACGCGUGUAAUAAAUUCAGCAACCUCUCACAUAAGGUCACACCAACACUUUUUCUAGAAUUUCAUGGCGCCCAAGAAGCUGUUAAAGCACAAGUGGAGCUUGUUGAGGAGCUAGCCCAUAUGAAUGGGGGAUCAGAAUUCCAGUGGGCUGAGAAGCAGGAAGACAGGAAUAAGCUGUGGAAAGCCAGGCAUAAUUGCUGGUAUGCCACCCUAGCACUGCGGCCUGGGACCAGAGGUUAUUCUACCGAUGUGUGUGUUCCAAUAUCAAAGCUUCCAGACAUUAUAGUCGCAACAAAAGAAGAUAUUAUUAACUCAUCAAUCGUUGGUACUAUUGUUGGCCACGUUGGUGAUGGCAACUUCCAUUGCUUUAUUACCGUUGACCCCGACAACCCUGAAGAGUUGCCAGUAAUAAAGAAAGUUGCUCAAAGAAUGGCCAGACGUGCGAUUGCAGUUGGUGGAACCUGUACAGGAGAGCAUGGUAUCGGUCUGGGCAAGAAGGAGCUUUUAAUAGAGGAACUUGGCGAUGGUGCAAUGAUGGUGAUGAGACAACUAAAAGCAACCCUGGAUCCCAAGGGGCUAAUGAACCCUGGCAAAGUGUUUUUAAAUUAGGUCUAUGAUUAAGAUCUCAUUGCCAAAUGAACAGUACUGAAUUUGAUAUAAAUGGAACAUAUCAAAAACUUUGAUUGGAAAUUUCAAUCAAGCUGUAUUCCAGAUUUUGUGUGUGUGGUGGGUACACUAUGAGCAAAUCAUGUCACGCCUACGCUUAAGGUGCCUAUGACUCUGAUGCAAUGCUUAUUAAUUUUCAGAAUUUCAUAAUUUGUAUGCACUAUCUAUAUUUUCUUUGCCAAUAAUAUUUAACCAUGUAAUUAAAAAAAAAUUAGAGAGUGCCUACAGAAACCUGAAUAGUUUAAAGGGAAAAAACUAAGAAUGCUUUGGAGUAUUCAGUGUUAAUGAUCUGGCAUGAAGGUCACAAAAAAUUUAAAUAUAAGAAGUUUAUUCAUUAAGGUCCUCAAAUCAUGUUUGAUUUAAUUUUAUUUAAAAAAUUUCUCCCAACUUUUCCAUUUUUUAAUUCAAAAAAAAUACUAUUAUGGGUGCGGUAGGAGCAGCACUUUUGGGUUUGGGUUUUUAGUCUCAAGGUAGGAGGUUCAAAUCCCUCACUGUGUUGCGAUUGUUUCUUUGUGUAAUUUCUAUUCUUUAAUGCGAACAAAUUUAAUCAGGUGAUUGGUUGUGGCAGCGGUUGUACAUCAGGCAAUAAAUCUGAGGGUCAGCAUCUCAAAUCCCUCACUGUUUUAAUUGUGUCUAUGGGAAAGGUAGCUGUACUAUACGUACAUAAUAUGUCACUCAACCCAGUAGUAUAAAUGGGUAAAUGGUGGAUGUUAAGGGCGCAGUGACCAGGGAUAAUAUAUUUGCCUGUCUCUGAGCUGCUGAUUUAAAUAUAUAUAUUAUAGGAUAAUGGGAAUAUUUGGAUAUAUUUUAUUAACUAAUGAUUAUGUAAAAGAUUACAAAAAAAAAAAAAAAAAGAUACCUAUGAAUAUAUUUUAUGAAAGUUUGUUUAUGUUUAUUAUAGUUAGUUUGUACUUGUUAUUGGCUGGCUACUUGCUGUGCAGAAAUUAGAAACAAUGUCUAAAAUUAAUUUUAAUUCCUUGGAAGCCAACUUGAAUGUAAUGAAAAGCUUUCAGUUGCAACAGCACGAAACUGGCAUGGAUUCACUCAUACGUAACUGUCUUCGCCCCAAACUACAUUCUAAAAUUCAAAUAGUAACCCACCCCAGUCUUCCCUAGGCCUAAUUUGGGUUACUGUGGGAAUUCUGUAAUGUAGUUAGAUUUAUAUAGUACUUUAGACCGAAACAGUCUCAUAGCGCUUUAGGUGCGGACUGGUUAUUACUAUAAACUUGCUUCUCCCCUAAUGGUCUCUUUGUGUCUGAGCUACUCGGAAAUCCGGAACCAGCUACUCCCGUCUAUCCACAGUAGGGGCUGAAUGAAGCAGUAGACUGGGGUAACACCCUACUUAUCAUCUCAAAAGAUGUGUUGGGCACUUUAAAGUGCACAUGAGCCAAAUUAGGCGAGAUUUUUUUUAUACCUUGUUUAUCGAACCCGUCGACUACAAAUAUUGAUGAUUUUGAAUAAAAAUAAAAUCUUAUUUUUAGCCAAUUAGCAUACCCGCCACCACGGAAAAUUAGAAAUAAAAAAAAAAAAAGUUUUUCUUUAUUUUUAUUACGCCCUCCGCAGCCUUGAAUUCUCCAAAGAUAUUCUUCCUAAUUAUAUAAAUUUGAAGCAUUUAACCAUCCUAUUUUACAUUCACCAAUAAAAUUGUAUUUUUAUUUUCUCCUCCAUCUGGAUGUUUUUGGCAAAACUGUUUGCUAAAUUAGAAAAUAAUAAGAAGGAGAAAAUAAUAUAACAAGACUUGUGGCAAGCCAAGGUCUUUGCGUGUGCAGGCUAUCUAUUGCCGUGCAAAAAAAAGGCAAGCUUCUUACUACAGUAUCAUAAUGCCUACGGUCUAACUACAGUAUGUAGUUCAGUGUUUUAAUAUUGGUGACAAUAAUUUAUUGAUGUACGCACCCACCCACUGACGUGAUAUAUCCCACCAAAUAAUGAUUGAUUGAUUUUUUAUUAAAUUUUCAAAAGUAUUAUGAAUACAUCAUGAUUAUGUGUAUAUACUGUAUUUAUCAAUAGUAGUAGUUCAUUUUGUUUUUCUUUUGGUUCAACUAUAGGGUAGGGGGAUCAAAGAAACCAUAGUCCAAUGUACCCUUAGCUAAGGUUUCUCCGUCCCCACUACCCUGGGAGGAAGCUGCUCUGCUACUGUCUGAUGUAAAUGCUUGGAGGUGUUUGUUGACUAAAAUUAAUCCUAUUACAGUAAAACUUAAUUAUACAACCAUUUGUUUUUACAGUACUGUUCUUCACUGACAAUACAUCCUAAAAUGAACUGCUAUAAUAAUUAUAAUAAUUGGUAGAGUGCAUUUGAUCCAGAAUCAAGCAAAAUAUAAAUUAAAAAAGAUGUGUUUUGAGUAGUACAGUA